CGAUAUUGGAUAUUGGACAACCCGGGUUAUUUGAACCUAAAGUUAGGGCGCGAUCAUGUCAAAUAAAUUACUUUUUGGAAAGUCUCUUACCUCAUAUGAUGAGGAAGAUCUUGACGAGUUGUUAUCCAAACUCACUCAAGAAGAAUUAGAACAGUUAAAUGAUGAUUUCGAUCCGGACAAUUCUCUGUUACCACCAUCACAACGAUGCCGUGAUCAAACUACCAAAGCUCCAACUGGACCCUAUGAUCGGGAAAAGCUAAUCAGAUAUCUUAUCGAGAAAGCCAAAGCUGAAAAGGAUUGGGAAGAAGCUGUACCCUAUGAGAAAAAGACUAGAGGAAGAAUUUUUACUCCAAAGCAAAAUCUAUCAGAAAAUGCUCAAAAUGAGUUAUCUGAUAUGGGCUUCGAUGUAGAAUUUGAUGAAGAUGUUAACAAGGCUCUUGAAAAUGCUACAGAAGAUGAAUUAGUCGAUUUGGCUGCAGUUCUGGGUUUCACUGGGAUGCUGAAUCAAGUACAAUUUCAUGCCAGUUUAGAAGGUCGUAAAAUGGAGUUCGGUGGAUUUUCCGGUGUAGCUAAAGCUGAACGUCCAAAAAUUUUACCAGAUGAACCGCCGAAUUCUACUGAUGUAGAGGAUAGUAUUAAAAAGUUGGAAGAGAAUAAUUCAGAGUUGACCAAAUUGAAUUUGAAUAAUAUCAAGACAAUGAGUGCUGAAGUUGUCCAGCGUCUUUGUGCUGCUAUUACAAAGAAUACUAAAUUGAUUGAAUUACACAUGGCGGCUACUCGUUUAACAAAUUCAAUGAUUGAACCAUUCUUUGAUAUGCUACAAAAGAAUACAACAUUGAAAGUAUUGAAUUUAGAGUCGAACUUCCUAACGGGUGUUAUUCUUGUUCGUCUAUUGGAGUCAAUAGCUCAUGAAAAAAGUGGUAUAACUGAUUUACACUUGGCUAAUCAACGUCAAUCUGUACUAGGUGUAAAAAUUGAACAGAAUUUAACUGAAUUAAUUUUGGCUAAUCCACGACUGGUUCGUUUAGGCCUUGAUUUAGACACAAGUGAUGCACGUGUACGCACACGAGAACACGUCAAAGCAAAUCUAGAUCGUGUAUCCCGACAAGUUCGACGGAAUAAAAAUUAACAUUGAUCUGUGUUUGUCUCUACACACAAGCUGCACAUACACUCACAUAUAUAUAGUAUAUAGUACAUACAAACCUGCUAAAAAGUUGAUUCUGCUUAUAAUCCUCCUUUCAUUUCAUUUCUGCCUUAUUUUUUGCCUAUUUGUACUGUUUCGUUAUAUUUCUAGUAACUUAUAGCCCCCCCCCCCCUUUUUAAAAUUUUUUUACUGUUUUGCUUCAUGAUUGCUGUGGAAUUAAUUCAUAGAAUAACCUUAUUUUGUUGAAAAGCCUAACAAAUUGUGUGCAUGUGCGUGUAUGUAAAAGUGGUUGUUCAGCGUUGUCCUGUGUAUGUUUUGUCGAUUUUCUCUCUGUCAGACAGACAGACAUUCGCCUUUGUUGUCUCUGUACACGUAUCACAUUGUACCUUUUUAGCUUUCAUGAAUCUACUACAGUGCUUAUAACUCAUUUCAGUACUUCUUUGUUCAUCCGGUAGUCUUAUUGAUUCAGAGAGGGCUGUUUUUCUAUCAGUAUGUGAUACACAAGUAUUUCUUCUGUUUUUUUUCACUGUCGUUGAGUCACUCAUGUGGAGGUGUGGCUCUUAGACUGUUGGUCUAGACUCUUCACUUCUCAGUAUUCGAUCACGCGUUUGAAACCCGCUUCACCUGCGCCGAGUUAUCAUCAUCAACCCUCAAUAAUACAAUAGCUAUGCCUCAUCAUUUGCCCUAACUGUGCAUGGAAUUACAAAUGGUUGUUGUUAGUUGGGUAACAUUUCAUUUUUUACAUUGCCCCAACCCCAGUCCAAACACACACAAGCAUACUUUCUACCCCUUCCUUGAAAAUCAAUAUUAUAUAAUAGACAGAAGUUCAUCACCUCAUAUAUCCGUUUAAUUUCAUUUACCCCCAGGAUACCUCCUAGCUAUCACUGUUUGUCUACUGCUUUCACAUCACAAAACUAUUUAGUCAUUUCUCUUUCAUUUUGUUUAAAACUUUCACUAUUUUAGUGAUUUCAUGCGAAUAUAUACUGAAUUGUUGUCAGCUUUUAACUGAUUAUAUAAUAGUAAUAAUAAUAACAACAAUAAUAAUACUUGUUAUUUUGUGCAUUUGUCUUCACUGAAUUCUUGACUGUUCUUUUUUUGAUCUGGUUUAUCAAAACAAAAUAGGUGAAAGUUGGUAGUCGUUAUCUUUCAUGAUUAUUUUCGCUUCAUUCUAUCCUUCUCACCACCAUGUGUAUGCAUCCUUCAGGCUCGCUUAGCACUGACAGAAAUAGUAGUAGUAGUAGUCACUUAGUGCUUUCCAAAUAACAGUUUGUUAUUCAAGUUGUUGUUAUUUUCUUCUUCUUUGUAAUGCCACCUCCUGUGAGAGUAAAUCAGUAGUCAUCCAGUGUCUAUGAUUAUUAUUAUUUAAAUAUAUAC